UCACUUUUUCAUCUUAAUCCUUGUUCUUAUGUCUUUUGAUACAGAACAUAAAACCAUUAAUAUGGAAGAGGCUGCUAGCCACGACCAACUUGCUUUAGAUGCUCUUGAGCGCCGUCGUCUUACUUUAGAAGAGAUUGACAAUGCCAAGUUUGGCUGGUUCCAUAUUCGUGCUUGUAUUGUCUCUGGUAUUGGUUUCUUUACUGAUGCUUAUGAUAUCUUUGCCAUCAAUUUGGUUUCUUCCAUGAUUGGCUGGGUUUACUUCCAAAGCAACGGCAAUAAGACCCCUUACAAUGUAGAUACUGCCAUCAAAGUCUCUUGUUCUGUUGGUACUGUCAUUGGUCAGCUUGGUUUCGGUUAUCUUGCUGAUCGUGUUGGUCGUAAGAGAAUGUAUGGUGUUGAAUUGAUGAUUAUUAUCAUUGGUACUGUCGGCCAAGCUCUUGCUGGUAAUGGUCCUGCUGCUUCCUUCUGGGGUGUCAUUACCUUCUGGCGUGUGAUUGUCGGUAUUGGUAUUGGUGGUGACUAUCCUCUCUCUUCUGUUAUUACUUCUGAAUUUGCUACUACUAAACGCCGUGGUGCCAUGAUGGCUGCUGUCUUUGCCAUGCAAGGUAUUGGUCAAUUGACCGCUGGUAUUGUUGGCUUGAUCGCUACUGCUGCUUUCCAAAACGCCAUCAAGGACGAUCAAACCAAGUUGGACUACGUUUGGCGUAUUGUUAUUGGUGUUGGUGCCAUUCCCGGUUUAUGUGCUCUUUACUACCGUUUGACUAUCCCUGAAACUCCUCGCUUCACUAUUGACAUUGAACAAAAGGUUGAAAAGGGUAUUCGAGAUGCCAAGGCCUUUAUCGAAAAUGGUGCUUCUGCUGGUGACUACACCGACAACAUUGCUAUUGCCCGUACUGAAGCCUCUCCCAAGGCUUCUUGGUCUGAUUUCUGCAGACACUUUGGCAAGUGGGAAAACGCCAAAAUCUUGAUUGGUACUGCUUACUCUUGGUUCGCUCUUGAUGUUGCCUGGUACGGUCUUGGUUUGAACAACUCUAUCAUCUUGUCCAACAUUGGUUUCGGUGGUGGUUCUGAUGCUUACCAAGCUAUUUUUCGUGUCUGUGUUGGUAACAUCAUUAUCAAUUUGCUUGGUUCUGUUCCUGGUUACUGGAUUUCUGUCUUCACUAUCGAUAAGCUCGGUCGUAAAACCAUUCAAAUCAUGGGUUUCGCUAUGCUUACAAUCAUGUUUGUCAUUCUUGGUUUUGGUUACCACAAGAUUUUAGAAACCUCUUAUGCUCUCUUCAUUGUCUUGUACACCAUCACUCAAUUGUUCUUCAAUUUUGGUCCCAACACAACUACUUUCAUUGUUCCUGGUGAAUGUUUCCCUACUCGUUACAGAUCAACUGCUCACGGUAUCUCUGCCGCCUCUGGUAAGGUUGGCUCUAUCAUUGCCCAAGUCGGUUUUGGCCUUUUGAAAGAUAUUGGUGGUUCUAAUGCUUGGAUCGACCACUUGUUGGAAAUCUUCGCCCUUUUCAUGUUGACUGGUCUCGCAUCAUCCUUAUUGAUUCCUGAAACUAAGGGCAAAUCCUUGGAAGAAUUAUCUGGUGAACUUCCUCCCAAAGAAGCCAAUGUUAGCGAACAAAUCAAGGGAACUUAUUAACUUAAUACUUUUAAAAUCAUUUAUAAAUUAUCUCUUUACAUUUUAAUAUUUUCCAUUUUACAAAACCUUAAUAAAAUAAAUCUUUUAUAUCCUUUGUACCGGU